AUGGAGGACAACUAUCAUUUUCCUCAUCAAUGUGAUUCGCAUCUUUUUGGAUCAUUGCUCAUGGACUCGCCGCAUUUGGUGGGCAUAUUGAGAAUCCCGAACAGCGAGAAAUAUAGAGAAAAUUUGAAAUUACCACAUCCAAGUUGUUCCUGCAAACCCGGUUUUGAAAAAAACCUGUUUGAAUUGAGCAGAGGUGAAGAGUCGGCUUUGCUAUUGUUGCCGAGGAGCGGCUGUGAAGGAUCGAAGUUUCUGCAAGGGCUCAAGCUUUCGCCGGCCGUUAAGAUCUUGAAAGGAAGACCUGCAGCAGUCAAGAAAGCUGGGGUUUCUACGGCUGGCCGAGCGAUUGCUGAUUCUUCUUCCGAUUACCUGCGCGUGAGUGUGAGCCAGAUCUGUUUGUCCUUCGGAUCUGGUUCUAAGAGAUUUGAGAUUCGCCGCCAGAUCUGUUCGCUCUCCGGAGUGGCAGACAACCCCUCCGACCAGCAAUUCAAAUCUGAAGCCAAAAGCUUCAAAUCUGGACCCGUCAACAAGGGUGGUUUAGCCGGUACUAAGGUGGCAAACACCAAGCACUCGUCUGAGGAGAAGGCAGCAGCGUCUAAAACCGAUGAUUAUUGGAAGAGUACCGGCACCUAA